AUGUUAAUUGGAGAGCCUCCUCACCAUCCCUCCUCAUGGAAAAGCUUCUUUGGACUUGGCGGUAUGUCAAGCGAAGAUAAAACGAAACAAAAUGAGCUUUCAGGCCAAAAGAAAAAAGAACCUCACAAAGGAAAGUUAACAAUAAGAGUUGAUGAUUCGGAUCCUAAUGUAAAGAAAAUGCAUUUUGCUAAAUAUGGCUAUCCUCCUGAAUAUCUAAAAAUGCUUCUUAGCUUUUCCAAUAUACAACUAGCCGAUCCAAAAUAUCAAUGGGUUUCAGUACACUUUGACAAAUUGCAUAAGAGGUUCCAUGUCUUCUUACAAGGAAACGUACAAUAUAUUCAAUUAAGUCGUCAAUUAGCUUAUACUCUUGUAUAUGCCUGA